AUAGUCACUCUAGAGGCAGGCAGCCGAGUUGUACACGUAUCAAGUUGUCGUGGUGCAAUAAAGUUAGUAGUUUCUUGCGUAUUUUUCCGUUUUUUCCAGGUUGCAGUAAUUUUUUUUAUGUAACAUCUCUCUCAAUAAUUGAUGGGAUAAUAUGAUGUCACUUUCGGAAGGAUCUUGUUACACGAUUAUAAAUGCGCAGGAAACAGAACCAUACAAUGAGCUGCAACUCAAGUUGGAUCUGGAAAAGGGAGAGCUAAACGUAAAGAUAGAUACUCUUAAAAGGGUUAUUCAACUUUUAUUAAAUGGAGAACGAUUGCCUAGCUUGCUGAUGACUAUUAUUCGGUUUGUUCUGCCAUUGCAAAAUCACACAAUAAAAAAACUGUUACUAAUAUAUUGGGAAAUUGUUCCAAAGACUUCUCCUGAUGGCAAACUUUUACAAGAAAUGAUUCUAGUUUGUGAUGCUUACCGGAAAGAUCUUCAACAUCCGAAUGAGUUUUUAAGAGGAUCGACACUACGUUUUUUAUGCAAAUUGAAAGAGCCGGAACUGUUGGAACCACUGAUGCCAGCUAUUCGAGCUUGUUUAGAGCAUCGUCAUUCAUAUGUUAGACGAAACGCAGUAUUGGCUAUAUUUACUAUUUACAAAAAUUUUGAGUGGUUAGUUCCAGAUGGACCUGAACAAAUUGCAAAUUUUCUAGACACACAACAGGAUAUGUCAUGCAAACGAAAUGCAUUCUUGAUGUUGCUGCAUGCUGAUCAGGAAAGAGCAUUGAAUUAUCUCGCAUCGUGCUUGGAUCAAGUAAACAAUUUUGGAGACAUCUUGCAGCUGGUGAUUGUUGAAUUAAUUUAUAAGGUAUGUCAUGCCAAUCCAGCAGAACGGUCGCGUUUUAUACGUUGCAUUUAUAACUUGUUAAAUUCGAACUCUAAUGCAGUUCGCUAUGAAGCCUCUGGAACAUUGGUAACCUUGUCAACCGCUCCCACAGCCAUUAAAGCAGCGGUUAGUUGCUAUAUCGAGCUAAUUAUUACUGAAAGCGAUAACAAUGUUAAAUUGAUAGUUUUGGAUCGCUUGAUUGCUUUGAAGGAAAAUGCGCACAUGGAGAGAGUAAUGCAAGAAUUGGUUAUGGACAUUUUACGGGUAUUGUCCGCUACUGAUAUUGAAGUCCGACGCAAAACUUUAACAUUAGCUAUGGAAUUGGUUUCAUCACGGAAUAUAAAGGAAAUGGUACUGGUUUUAAAAAAGGAAGUCUCCAAAACGCACAAUGUUGAGCACGAAGAUACCGGAAAAUAUCGUCAACUUUUAGUGCGCACUCUUCACAGUUGUUGCAUAAAAUUUCCCGAUGUAGCUUUUACAGUUAUACCUGUCCUUGUCGAAUUUUUAUCUGAUUCCAAUGAGUUGGCAGCGGCAGACGUACUUAUUUUUGUCCGGGAAGCUAUCCAAAAGUUUCCUCAUCUUCAGCUUCUUGUUAUUGAAAAACUAUUGGAAGCAUUUCCAGCAAUAAAAUCGUCAAAAAUUCAACGAGCUGCCCUUUGGAUCUUGGGCGAAUACGCAACCUCUUUGAAAGACAUUUUGAAUGUGGUAGCUGUUAUUAACCAAACAUUGGGCGAAGUUCCAAUAGUCGAGUCGGAACAGCGUCGUCUAUCUGGUGAUGAGAACGAAUUUGAUGAGAAUAAAUCACCGAACAGCAUUUUAGGUGUACCAAACAACAAAGUUACAUCUGACGGAACGUAUGCUACUCAAAGCGCAUUUAGUGUAGCACCAUUAUCGAAGAAAGUAGAACGCCCACCGCUUCGCCAAUACUUGAUGGAUGGAGAUUUUUUUAUUGGAGCAACACUCGCCUCAACUUUAACAAAACUUGUUUUACGCUACGUCGAGUUAGAAUCGAAUGAAAAAAAGCAAAACCGGCUUUGCACCAGUGCCAUGCUUAUCAUGAGUUCCAUUCUUCAUCUUGGAAAAUCUGGUUUGCCUGCAAGAGCUAUAACAAACGAUGAUCGAGAUCGCAUAUUUCUUUGCUUAAAGACAUUAAGUCAGCGUACAACAGAAAUUGUACAUAUUUUCAAACAGUCUUGCCGUGAUGCAUUGGCAAAUAUGCUAAAUGCGCAGAAUGAAGAAGAGCAACAGGCUCAAAAGGAUAAGCAGCAAGUCACAGCAAAAAUUCAACCAGAUGAUCCCAUUUCAUUCACGCAAUUAGCCAACGGAAAAAGCGACCAUUUAGGUGAAAACGUCUUUGAAUCAAGCUUGAAUCAAGCCCUCGCUGGCACGAAAAAUACGUCUAUUUCGGAUGUGGCCUCACCAAACAAUAAGUUAAAUAAGGUCACUCAAUUAACUGGUUUCUCCGAUCCAGUCUACGCUGAAGCAUACGUACAUGUAAAUCAAUACGAUAUAGUACUUGAUGUACUGAUUGUCAAUCAAACGAAUGACACGUUACAAAAUUGUACUUUAGAGUUGGCUACCGUAGGGGAUCUCAAACUGGUCGAACGACCACAUCCAGUUGUAUUGGCACCCCACGAUUUUUGUAAUAUUAAAGCUAAUGUAAAGGUAUCUUCAACCGAAAAUGGAAUCAUAUUUGGAAAUAUUGUUUAUGAUACUACCGCAUCAAACGUUGUAGUACUGAAUACUAUUCAUAUCGAUAUUAUGGAUUACAUUUUGCCGGCGAGCUGCACUGACACUGAGUUUCGGGCAAUGUGGGUCGAGUUUGAAUGGGAGAAUAAAGUUUCAGUAAAUACUACGUUGACCGAUUUGCAUGAUUAUUUAAAAAUGCUGUUAAAAUCAACUAAUAUGAAAUGUCUCACGCCAGAAAAAGCUCUUUCUGGACAAUGCGGUUUUAUGGCUGCUAAUAUGUAUGCCAGGUCAAUUUUCGGUGAAGAUGCCUUAGCAAAUCUCAGUAUUGAGAAACCUUUGGAUCGUCCAAAUGCACCUGUUACUGGGCAUAUUAGGAUACGAGCUAAAAGUCAGGGAAUGGCACUCAGUUUGGGAGAUAAAAUCAAUCAUACACAAAAAUGUCUUCAAGAAAAGUCAGUCGCCGCUUAGAUAAUGCAGUCGGCAGGAAUUAUGGGACAAUUUGAAUGACAUGUUAAAAAAUUCCCAAUAUCGGUAUCAGUAAAUAUAAUCUUGAGAAUAACAUAAAAUGUGAACUUCGGUUAUGCAAUUGUAGUAUUAAACAAUCUAUUUUACAGGCUAACUCAAUGUUUUACUUUUUGCUUUUGAGUAAAUAAAUGACGAAA